AUGGCGCGACGCAUCUACAACGUUUCCGACUGGGCCCCGACCCACGAGGCCAUCUACGACGAGCCUUCGUCCAGUUCCGCAAUCCUCGAAGACGAUGUUUCCGAAGGACCACGACAGCAGCAGCAACAACACCACCACCAGCACAUGAGAUCCUCCUUCCAGCAACAACGCCUUCGCAGCAUGAGCCUAUCCCUACCUUGGCGGCGCAAGUCUUUUGUGAUCAACACCGACACCGACCUGGCAAACCUUAUGGAAGAACUGUCGCUCGAGCGAUCGCGAAGCCACACUGGACCCGGCGACGACCAGCUUCAGGGCCAGGGUACACACGCGGCAGGCCACAGCAAUGGCAGCAUCAAGGGCAUGUUCCGUCGCGCUUCUGUCUCGCUGAAGGGCAAGCUCGUUCACCACAAAAGACACUCGUUCGGCGCUGCCCAUCAUACCCAGCAAAUCGAAGAAUCGGGCAACCACCAACAUGCUCUUCGCCCGGGCACCUCGCCCUCGCACAACCCCUGGCACCGCCUUCGCCAAGCCACGAGCUUCCGUCACUCCAAGUCCUCUCACGGCCACGAUAUCGACGGCGAGGCCUCCUCCGAGCAAUACUUCUCUUCCAUGCUCCCUGGAAGUGGAGACGAGCCUCCCGUUAUCCCGUACCAUACCGGCGCCGCGGCCAAAGCAGCUGCUGCCGCUCAGAACAAGUGGCUUCGUGCAUCCCAAGACGAUUUUACGGAUCGCGAGAGCGGCAUCGGCAUUACAGUGACUGGUGUCGAUUCCGACACGGAGCUGGACGCAGAGGAUGCGAACAUCAGCAGACUUGACUUCGUCUCCCAGCUCCCUGUUGAGCUUGCCAUCCAAGUCCUUGCGCAUCUGGACGCUGUUGCCCUUGGCGCCGCUAGCCAAGUGAACCGUUACUGGCAGCGGAUGAUCAAAAACCAGCACGUCUGGCGCGAGUCCUUCUUGCGGGAAAAGACCGGUACUUAUGCGACCAGUCUCCCCGUCCAGCCAGGAACUGGCCAGGGCGUACCCGUUAUCACACCCAGCGUCGACUGGAAACAGGUAUACAAGGUCAAGGAGGAGCUUGACAUGCGAUGGAAGGAAGGCAAAGCAAGACCAGUCUAUCUCAAUGGACACUUGGACAGUAUUUACUGCCUGCAGUUUGAUGAAUCAAAGAUCAUUACUGGUUCCCGCGACAAGACGAUUCGGAUUUGGGACAUGAGGACUUUUGAGUGCCGUCUUGUCAUUGGACCUCCCGAGGUUGUCAACGACAUCUCCCUUCUUAUUGAUGAGGAUGGCCUGCCGGUCCACUACGCAACCCUCCCCGAUAACCCGCGCGCCAACCCCUCGACGCCUGCUCUUGUUUCCUUCCCGACUCACCACAAGGCUUCCAUUCUCUGCCUUCAAUAUGACGAUCGCAUUCUUGUGACGGGCUCAUCUGAUUCCUCUUGCAUCGUGUACAAUGUUCGUUCGGGUUACCGGCCCAUCCGUCGUCUCUGUCACCACACCGCUGCCGUGCUCGACCUUGCCUUCGACGAUAAGCACAUCAUUACCUGCAGCAAAGACAUAAGCAUCUGCGUCUGGGAUCGCGCCACAGGCCAGCUCCUUCGUCAACUCCGCGGACACUCUGGUCCUGUCAACGCCGUUCAGAUGCGCGGAAACACCAUUGUGUCGUGCUCCGGCGACUUCCGCGUCAAGCUCUGGAACAUUGACACUGGCAAGAACAUUCGCGAGUUCCAGGGCCACACCAAGGGCCUUGCGUGCUCGCAGUUCUCCGAGGACGGCCGUUACGUCGCCUCAGCCGGCAAUGAUAAGGUCAUUCGCAUCUGGGACGCCAACACGGGCGAGUGCCUCCGUGAGAUGAAGGCCCACGAUAACCUCGUUCGCAGCUUGCACAUUGACUCAGUCAGCGGCCGUCUUGUUAGCGGCAGCUACGACACGGAUAUCAAGGUCUUCGAUAUGGAGACCGGCCGGCAACUGCUGGACUUCCCGCGAUGGCACGCGAGCUGGGUGCUGAGCGCAAAGAGCGACUACCGACGCAUCGUCAGCACUGGUCAGGACCCCAAGAUCCUGAUCAUGGACUUUGGCGCCGACAUCCCGGGCAUUGACAGCCUGGAGAGUGGCGGCGCCUGUAUGAUCGAGGGCGGAUACAUCUAG